AUGGGAGAAGGAUGGAAGGAAAAGCGUAGCCGGGUGGAAUCGCUGUACAAGUCGUUCAAAGAGCAUCAGAAACGAAUGGGAGUUGCUCCCGAGCUCGGUCCGGAACAUGAACGAAUUUCUGAACAACAGGCAAGCGAGUUGUGCGCGUUCAUCGGGAUAGGCGCACCAUCUGAUCAAGAACGGCAACAACUGGAUUUCUCGAAUGGGAAGGACUACUGUGCUGCAAAAACCCUCUUACAUCAGCGAUUCCGACAAGAGAAAAUACUUUGA